UUCGGUACGUUUGAACUCAAAAAUACGUUUGGUAUAUACUUUAAUUAAAUUUUAUACGAAAACCUUUGUCCGUAAAGUUUUUCGAAUCUCAUAUUUGAAGUUAACCUAAUUGACUGGCGGUUUCCAUUCGAAUGAAAACUUGCCCCGUACAAUAUCACAUAAUUAACAGGUACAUACCAGAAAACAACACUGACAUUCCACUAUGGGUGGAUCACCAUCCAUUCAAGUUCCAGUAUGUGAAUGUUCACGUAUUGAUGACCUACCCUACAAAGUUUAUGAAGCUGCAGAGAAGGGCCACCUAUCAAUCAUCAGUCAAUAUCUCAGAGAGAAAGGUCAUGUGAAUGCUACAUACAAACAAGAGACAAUGUUACAUGCAGCCUGCAAAAAUGGACGGGAAAAUGUGGUACAUUUCCUCUUGCACAAAAAAUCACUGUGUGUCAACCUACGGAAUGGUUACAAUGCGACAGCACUUAUGUUAGCUGCAGAAAAUGGAUAUCUUGAAUGUGUAAAACAUCUUCUUGCAAACAACUCCACGUGUAAGAUUGAACUCUCCUGCAAAAACAAUGAAGAACAUACUGCUGCUGACAUUGCUCACCUUAGUAACCAUCAAGAAGUAGCAUACUACUUGACCUCCUUUCUUCAGAAAACACCACCAUAUACUCAUUCACAAUGUGAUAAACCACCACCAUAUACUCAUUCACAAUGUGAUAGCUCAGCCAAGAUGCCAACAAAAUAGCUGGAAGUACAAGAUGUCUGGAUUUUCUGCAGUUGGGUUUACACAUUUAGCACUUCUCAAGAAUAAUUACAUUAGUUAAUUAAUUAGAACACUGACAAAAACAAAAAGGAAACUCUCCUGUAAUGACUGUCAUCAAUGAUAGUGACUGAUUAUAUAUUCUUAAAAUCUGCUAUAUGUGAAAUAUAUCAUUUAAGGCAGACAGAUCAUGAUUGUGGUUAUGUUUUUAUGGGGUCAGAUCAUGUAAUUACCCACACUUGCCACUGUGUUUUUGUUUGUAUGGUUGAUUAAACUCACUUAGGAGGUGUUGUGCCACUACUCUUGUACUGGUCUUUUGAGGAGCUGGUUGGAAAGUUAUGCAGGGAAAACGUAGCUACAUUAUUUAAUCUCAAGUGGAUUUGGGUGAAUAUAUCCUACUUUGUUGAGUAGGUGAUUGUGAUAAUUAUGCAUAGUGUAGGAAGGUAAGGACCAAGGGGAUAAAGACCACAGUAAACUUGAGUUUGACCUGACUGUCCAUGAUACCCUAUACACCUCGCUGCCACUGAAAGUGGUGCACAUGAUAAACAAACCAUUGUCUAGAAAAAGUGCCUAAUUCCAAUGAAACAGAGGGCUCUCUCAAAAAGAGACGUUUAGGUCUAGGUACAUUUCUAGGGAGACAAGAGUUACAAAGAGCUGUCACUAUGUACAGCAUCCAUUGAAAAGAUGCUGUGAAAAUGCUAAUGAUUCCACCUCCCGUGAAAUAAACUGCACUGGACGAA